GAAAGACGUCAAUGUGUUUCCUCCUCCUCUCUCCACCGUCGGAUUUCUCACUUGUGGCAGAGGAGAAGCGGACGCAACUUUUUUUUUUUUCUCAGAGACGCGGAGCGGACUCAGACCUUCUGUCUGCUCUGUGGUGACUCUCCAACAACACAGCACCUCGGCUCCGUUUCAUUCUUCGCAGAGACGAAUCGCGGGACCUUCUGCAACGUUUACUGGUGAAGAUGAGCUGCAGCACACAAACAAGUUCAUAAUUAAGCUCAAGGAAUCAUUGGCACCAUGCACCAAAAAGCACCCUCAUUUUUCACCUAAUUUCUUGGAUCAAUUUUUCUCAAACACAAGUAAAUAAGAGCACGUGCUACGACAUGGGGGACUCCAACAUCAGCCACAUAGUAGCAGCUUAUACAGAGACGCAGGAGAAUCUCCCAGCAGGCAAGUUGGAUCAUUACAUGGACACCUACGACAUGGACUACGGCAUCCCUCCUGAUGAGAUCCCAGACACGACACAAGGCCAAGCUUUCUUCGUGGCCACUAUUGUUAUCGGCGUGGUGCUUGUCUGCAUCAUGCUCGUCUGUGGUUUUGGAAACUUCAUAUUCAUCGCUAUGCUGACACGCUACAAGAAGCUCCGCAACCUCACCAACCUGCUCAUUGCAAACCUGGCCAUCUCAGACUUCAUUGUGGCAGUGGUGUGCUGCCCAUUCCUGGUGGACUACUAUGUGGUCAAACAGCUUUCCUGGGAUCAUGGGUUGCUGCUGUGUGCCUCCGUCAACUAUCUCCGGACAGUGUCACUCUACGUGUCCACGAACGCGUUGCUUGCCAUUGCAAUUGACAGGUACAUGGCCAUAGUCCAUCCUCUGCAGCCUCGUAUGAAGUAUCAAACGGCCUACUGCCUGAUAACAGGGGUUUGGAUCGUCCCCAUCCUGAUAUCAAUUCCCUCCGCCUACUUUGCCUCGGAGACCAUGUACCCUCAUGGCGGCACCACCCCAACCACCCACAAAGUCUUCUGUGCCCAGAUCUGGCCUGUGGACCAGCAGGCCUACUAUCGGUCCUACUUUUUGUUUGUUUUUGCUGUGGAGUUUGUUGGGCCUGUGAUCGCCAUGGCAAUGUGCUACGCCCGAAUUUCCCGCGAGCUCUGGUUCAAGAAUGUCCCAGGUUUCCAGACAGAGCAGAUCAGGAAGAGGCUGCGUUGUCGCCGCAAGACAGUGAUGGUCUUGAUCGGGAUUUUGACGGCGUACAUCUUGUGCUGGGCACCGUACUAUGGCUUCACCAUCCUGCGAGACUUCCACCCAACGCUCAUCUCCCGUCAGAAGAACUCGUUGGUGGCCUUCUACAUCAUCGAGUGCAUUGCCAUGAGCAACAGCAUGAUCAAUACCUUCUGUUUUGUGACUGUCAAAAACAACACGGUUAAAUACCUGAAGAAGAUUGUACUGCUGCGCUGGAGGUCGACCUAUACGCCCACUAAAACUGUGGAUGAGAUGGACAUUAGGACCUCCACCUUGCCUGUAACAGAGGAGAUUGAAUGCAUUCACUUGAGGUGAAGAGAAGAACGUCUUAAUGUAACACUCAUUUAGAUUUGGGCUGUUGAUGUACAGAAAUGAAGUAGUUGAAUGAUAAUUUUGAAGUGGGACAUUUCUCUCAUGGUUAAAUCACAUUUUGGAAGGAUAUCAAGCAUCAUGAAGCACAAGGAAAGAUCAAACUGGUAGUGUAGUCUACAUGAUGGGCAAGUAUGCACACAUAGAUCCUAAAAAAGCUCCAGGUUUCCAUAUACCCACUAAAAAAUGUACAAGGAUACGUAACAACAUCGUUUUGUGACAGAACUUUCACUUCAGCUAUUUGUUUCCGCAAGGGGUAAACAGAUGUGACAGCAAACUGAGCAAAAGCUGCAGACCAUGCAGAGACUCGUCGUCGUUCCCUCCCCCCAUGCAGCUGCGUGCGGUGCGUAGUGUCUGCAGAGCAAGUGUGUGGUCAAAAGUGUGUACGAGAGAGAGUGAUGGUGGAUACGCCCAGAGCAGACAGCUGUUGGCAAUCGGAGCAAAGAGGGAAUUAGCUGUAAAGUUGUGAGGUGGUAGUAAAUGUACAGUGUAAGGUUCAGUUUGUCUUUGAUUAAACUGUCAAGACCCAGGUAAAGUCCUCGUGUCUUGCUUCUUAAGUGCUGGGUGAACUGAAGUUAGGAAGCAUCAACCUCUGCCCUGGAGGCUAAACCAUGUCUCCUUGUUGCCUAGCCACCUUGUGAAGCACAGUACGUGCUGCAUUCCCAUAUGGAGCUUUUAGUUUGACUGUAACCUAAACCUUACCUACCAAUGAACAAUUUUCAACAGUUUAUGCGUACCUUUUUGUUUAUUUAUUUUUUAUUUAGAGCAAUAUUGUGGGAAAAACUAAAUUUGUCAGUUUACAUACCAUAAUAUUUUCUACAAUAUCUCCCUCUCAAGACACUGUAUGACUGUUAUUACAGGAACUAUCGAUCCCAGCAUAUAAAACACAUGUUCAUAUAGUUUAUAUAUACAUGACAGGAGCAAGAUUUUAGACAUAACUCACAAUAUUAACUCAUAAUCCUAUAGACAUACAGUUCAUAGUCUCCCCGGCUCUAAAUGUCCUUGGCUGUUACAGUCUUGUGUUGGUUACAAUAAAUAAAUAGUUUCAGGAUGUUUCAUCCUGGUAACACACACUCAAUCUCUUUGAAUGGCCUCAGUUAUGUGUGAAUGCAUGUACUCUAUGUGUUAGUCAGUAUGGUGGUUUAUGGGGUGUUGCACUGGGUCAAAUCCUAGGGCUCCGAUCAAGAGAAUGUGUUUUGGAAGCCUGGGGUGGCUUUUUAAAAUGGUGUUCAGUGAGAGUUAGCCGUUUUGCACGCUGCUUUUAAGUUGCUGAGUGCCACAUGUUUUAGUGCUCAAAUGCACUCAACACAAGCGCCCAAUGUCAUUUUUCUUAUUGUCCAAUCAGAUGUAUUAAGAGGCAGCCUUCCUGAUCACACAGAAAGCGUUUUGCAAGUUGCAAAAUGCGAGGUGCAGCAUACUGCCUUUUUUGUUUUUAAAUUAAAUGCCAUCAGUUAAAAAACUGCACCUUUUUAACUGUUGCCAGGCAACUACCCUAUCACCUCCUUACACAAACUUUCCUGUUUAAUUGAUCUAUCAUUUUUUCGUUUUCGUUGUUGUUUUCACAGUAAUUAAUAGCUAGUUACUAAAGUGGACAGGAGGAGGGUACUUGCUCUAGUUCAGGUUGAGGGUUAGAGGCUGUCAGUAAAUAGUCUGUUGGGCACAGGGAAGCGGAGAUCAGUGUGGGUACAUGAGACCCUAAAAAGGAGGGUGGAUCAUGGGAAGUACCACCAGUUGGUCCAGGAGCUUCACAUCCAUGAUGGCUGUUUCCAGACAUAUUUUAGGAUGACUCGGGGGCAGUGUGACAACCUGCUACUGUCAGGCCGUAUAGCUCUGUGUAUCCAGCAACCACUACCACCAGUUUCUCCUCCAUUGUUUACCAACUGUAAACUUGUUGUUGUGACCACCAGCGAAGGCUUGCCUCCCAAAUCAUCGGAUUGGACAAUAGGAAAAAAGAUGACAAAAGUUUUUUCAACUCAAGGAGUUCAGAGCACUCCGGCAAAAACACCAGGUACCCAGAACGCAGAAACACUAAGCCCUGCUAGGCAACACAUAGCUGAACAAAUCGUCAUCUCAACUACUUUCUGACCCGUGUCCAGUCCCCAAAUGCAGAUUCAAAGGUACAGAAAGCACUCUGUCUGAUUUAGGGCAAACAGGUCACUGAACAUAGAUCAAACUUUGUUAUUCAGCAGCAGAUACAAUGCAGGACUUCCACGAGAAUGUAAUUGUUGUGUACACUGUGACUUUACACUGUGUAAUUGUGAAGUGUUGUAGCAUGUGUUUAUGAAAUAUGACAUGGAAUACUUGUAAAUAACAGCUGCCACUGUCUUUACUGAUCCAUGAUGUUGACUACAGUACCUAAUCUUUGUAUUGCCUGUACAGUGUCUGUUUUCUAAUUCACUGAAGGUCAAAGAACUCUUAGAGGUUCUUUCAUUGACCGUUGUAUUUAUAUUUCAAGUUUUGUGUUUUCUGUUUUUGUUUUUUGAAAAUCAGGAAUUAUAUGUCACUCUGUGGAAUGUACAGUAUUGAGAAGGUUCAGUUGAAGAAGAGAUAAACCAAUGAAGACAUAUUCCCACGUCUUUUGAAUGUCUUUAAAAUGUCUUGAUUAUGUGUUCUUUGAAAAGAGUCAAUAUAUUGCAUGUUGUCUUUGUAGAUGGAUGGAUUG